GAAAAAUGAAAAUAUGAAAAACUUAAUAAUGACCUUAAGAGAUUAGCAGAUCUAAAAGAAAAAAGAAGGCUAAGGUGUAGAAAACUUAGGGAAUGUUGCAAAAAGAAGGUAUCUGUAAUGUCUGCUUGCGAAAAAUCACAAACUCGCAAAACAUGGAGAGAAUAUUUGGACAAAUCAUAUAAAAAGAAGAUGUUGAAGACUGAUAUGGGAAAUCAAUUUAUAAUAGAAGUUAAUAUAAGAAGAAGUAGUUCAGACGACGAACGUCCUGUGUUCUUCAAAGCUCAGCCAGAAAUGAUUGAAAAUAUUCUCCAACCGACAACUCCAAAUCCAAGAUUGGCACGAGAACAAUGAGUUGAUUGUGGAAAAGAUGGAGCAACCAGCGCCAGGAUCAACGGUAUCGGUCGUCUCAUCGACACCUUUUCCCGCAUCUACGGCUGCCAUGGAAGACCCAAGGAUGAGCAAGGCGAGGGUUGAGAAACUGAAGCGACGGAUUAUCCGGGCGGUUGCGGGUAAACUUAGCCAAAAUCCGGACGAAAAAGAAAUGAAUAACAUGUGGGAAAUGAUGAAAACGACUUGCAAGUGUGAUUGUAAAUUGCUGUGGAAACAUAUGCGAGCGGUUACAGUGAAAAAGCUGAAACGGCUGAUUUCAGCUGACGACAGAGUUGAUGAAAUAACGGCUAUAGCAAGGCUUACGAUAACAGAUUGGCUGCUGUAUGACCUCGUGCUGGUACACGAGAACAUUGAUGUUAUUGGGCAGGAUAUAUGGGAAAAAACUGGCGAAGAACCGGAACCACUGAUAGAAUUAUUCUUCCUCGUGGAUGAAUAUCAAAUUGAAGAGCUCGAAGGGAACGAGUUGAUUGAAGCCUGGCUUAAUCUGACACGGGAAUUUAAUGAAAGUGGCCGCAAAUGUUCGCCAAUGCUGCUCCAACGCCGCUGGUAUCAAUUGAAAGAAGCGACGAGGAAAGCCUUUUACCUGUUCUGGGGUAAUUUUCGUGGAAAUGCAGUCCAUUUUGAAAAGGCUGUCAAAUACAAACCGACUUCCCUUCAACUGGAUAUUGCGAAGAAGUAUAAAAACCUGAUACUGACGAGUUUUCCAGAUUGGAACGAAUUGAUAAAGAAGAAAAAGGUCGUGUUGGCGAAUGAGUUUGAUAAUUACAUCACUUUGUUGAGGCAGAAUAAAAAUAAAGAUUCAGAACCAGAUCUAGAAAUUAUAGAGGAAAAAAUCGACACAAUCGAACUUGAAGAUGAGUCUGAUACUGAGAAAUCCAACGACGUCGCUACUUCAACGCAAGUUUCUGCUAAUAGAACGAUAAAAGGUGAAUCUGAAAAUAUUUAUUUAACCGAUGUAAAUGAUAAGGAUAUAAAUUUUCUUAAAGAAAUGAAUAUUCCAUGUGAAACACCGUUUGCUAACUACGAUGACACUCCUUUAGUUAUAGAUUGUGGGGAAGUAUUUUCAAAUACAGAAUCCCGAGAUGCAAACGAUAGCUACCAAAAUCAAGCCAUGAACGUGGGAUCCGAUUCACAUCAAUAUUUAGACGAUAAUGAUAUUUUAAUUGAAACUAAUGAUAUUAACCUUAAAAUGUCGGCGAUGGUGGAGAACAAUAAAGCGAACGAUAAUAAUGAUGCUCUCCAUAGGACUGAUAGUAAUGAUGAUGUAAAUGUUGGCAACGAAGAUUCUAAUGCUGUCUACGGAGAAUCUACUAUUAUCUGUGAUGAUUCUUCCGACGGUGAUAUAACUGAAAUUACGGAUAUAUUCAAUCCCUCUCAAAUAAAGAUAGAAACUCCGUUCUUUUCUGAAAAUGAUGUUGCUCAGACUAGAACCGUAAAAAAUGUAAUAAAAGGAAGUGUAGAAAACGACAAAUUUGAAGAAGACCAUGACAAUAUUGAGACCGCCUGCGAAGAGAGUAUUUUAGAAUUAAAUGAUAGGAAGGAAAUAUUUCAUAUUCUUCCCAAGAUUCAAAGUGUUACAAGUAUCAACAGUGAUUUUUCUUCAACUGAAGACACAUGCAAAAAUCUUUUGGCACAAAAAGCAAUAAAAUUAGAUCCAAGCCCUUCUGAGUCGUCUAAUAAACAUUCCUCAAAUGAUAUAGUGAUUAAGGAAUUAAUUAAAAGUAUUGAAGAUAGCACAGUGAAAGACAUAGAACUUUUGGGAAAUUUUGACGAGAUUCCUAAGGAUCUGCUAUUUGUAGACGAUGGCAUCGCUUUAGACGACGAUGACGAGAUUGUCACGACAGUUAAUGUUGAAGAAAAAACCAAUAAUGAAAAACACUCAAGUGAAGAUAAAAUGUGUAAAAUUGACCUAAAACUACUUUUCUUUUCUACGGUUUAUACGAAAAAGUUAGAGCAUAUGGAUGUUUUUAGAUUUAUAGAGUUUGAUAAUAUACGAGAUAAACGAAUAAUAAAUUGUGCAGAGAUUGAAAGCAAACCUAAUGAUUUGCUUGCUUGCAAAUUUGAAGACAUUUCAAAGAAUGAAGAACGAAUAGUAAAUAGUCAUCAAGAAGAUAAUCCUUCAAGCGCAGUUCAUGAUUCCAACGUUAAGGAAGUAAAUAAUAUCAUAAAAACAGAGUAUCCUUUAAACGAAAACACAAACAAUGAUGAAGAUACAAGUCCGAUAAAUAAUUCAGAACAUCAUUCCAACCUGAAUGUAAUAUCUAGCGAUGAAGAUGACGAGCCCUUACUUUUAAUUAAAAACCGAGUAGAUAUUCAAAAUAAUAUGUUUAAAAAACCGCAUGUACAAAAUUAUAAUCCGAUACAGCUGUGCAAAAACCCAGAUUUUAAUACACGAUUGAAGCGAUUGACAGCAGGUUUCCUCAGUUACGAAAAAAAUCGUGAAUACUUGAAACGGUGCCAACCUGUUACAAUUGACCUGCAUAAGACAUUUGAAUCGAACCUCAUUGACAACAUUAUGUAUUUUAAAGAAGGCACAGUUAAUACCAAUAAACCAUCAAUCGAGACUCCAGGAAGUGACCUUAAAGAAGUCCAGCAAAAUACCAAUAACACUCAGGCGUCUAUCGAAGUCGAAAAAUGUAAAAUUUUUGAUGAAAAUAUAAGUCUCGAUACUAAAUAUCACAAUGUUGACAAGGCUUCGAGUGUUAUUACGUCCAAUUCCACGCCUUGCGAAAGAAAUAAAGUUAUAAAUUUACCUGACAUUACUGAAAUUCGUCGUGUAAAUAAAAAUUUAGUCACGGCAGAAGUAGCACCUCUGCAGAUCGUAAUAAAUACACCAAGUGAAGGAAAAACUAUAAAUGAAAGUCUUUCUAAUCUUAAAAACGGAGAUAUCUUUACUGCAACAAGUACUGUGACUGGUACAAAUUCAGACAAACAGAUUUGUGAUAAUAUGGAUCCAAUUAUAGUAAAAGAAACUAUCGCAAUUAAUAAUGUUGCUCGUAUAUGCGAUGACGUUAAUAAAACUAUUGUCGAUAAUAGAAACGGCAAAAAUGCUAAUAAACAAAAAGCUCAACAAAAAAAACCUUACAAUUAUACUAGGUACUAUUUACCUUGGAAUCGCCCUGGAAAUUUUGUAAAGGAAGAAGAAUGUCUUUUAGCUUCUGACACCGUAGAAAAAAUGUUAGCAUUAUUUAGUGGACAAGAAAUAACAUCGAAUAAUAAAAAUAAAAGUACAAAGAGGCGUAAUAGAAAACGUAGGGUUGAAGCGAUUAAAAAAAAUGAAGAAAAAUGUAAAAAAGAUCAGAAAGUACUUGAAUGCACAAAAAUAAAUAAUACAAAUUAUAAGAGUAGUAACGACAAUAAUCUUCAUACAGAUUUAACUGAAGACGCAUUAGCAGUACUUUCAAUCUCCCAGAAGAAAAAAAAGAAAGAGUUUUGCUGUUGGGCUCAGAAAAAAAUAAUGUACCCGAAUCUUAAACGAAAACAUUCGUGUAAAAGACCUUUAUGUUCAUGUUGUUGUAAAGACAAACUUUUAGAAAAAUUUAAAAAAGUGCUUGCGCAAUCAAAACCAACCAACCAACCAAAUCAAACGGCGGCCUUGAUAUUAUCCGACGAAGAAGUACCAAACCAAACGGCGGCCUACUUAUUAUCUGAUGAAGAUUUACCAAACCAACCGAACCAGAAAAGAAAAUUUGUUGUUAAUAUACCAACAUCACCAAAAAGUCCGCCAAAGCAAACAAUAAAUUCAGUUCCUUCAAUCGUAAUCGAUGGUAAUACAAAUAAAAUAAACGUACCCAAAUUUAUAGUGAGACAUCAAACACCUAAAUUAAUAGAAAGGGUUGCAAAACCAUCAAAAAUAUCUAACACACCUACCAGUACACCAAAUACUAAUAUACAUUCUGUUGAAACUAAUGAUAUAAAUCCGCCAAUCCAUGAAAAUAGUGUGAGGAUAAAAACAAAUUUAACCAACACUGAAAACAACCUCACAUUAAGAAAGUCGGACAUAAAUGAACAACAAGUAUGUCAGGAUGUCAUGAAACCCAGAUCUAAAAUAAAUUUCUGUAAAGUAAACUCACAGAAGAUGCAAACCUCUAAACCUGCACCAACGAAUAGUGUAAAAGUAAAAAAGGGAGGCAAAUCUUCGGCAUCGCCUAUAUUCUUAGGGCUAAAUAAAAUUUUACUCAGUACUGUUAGAGGCCCGAUGGCAAAGCCAAUCGCAAUAGACCCUCCUAAAAUAAUAUUACCUGAAGGUGUUUGUUUUGUUUUGUUACCUAAUAAUGAAUUAGCGAUAUCAAUAGCAUCUGGUGUUGAACUAGCAACUGAACAAUUACGACAUCUCGAAUUAGUGAUACAAGCAUUGCAAAAGGUUUUAGGAAUACCUAAAACGCGUGAAAACCCUGUAAGUGAUUCUGCAAAAGAGAAGAUGGACAAUAAAGAUGCUACUAAUAGCGUCAAUACUGAAAACCCAAGCAUAGAUACAAACCGUAAAACAAUUUUAUCUGAUUUAAUGGAAAUGUCUGGCAUAUCACCAGAAGACGCUAAAUUACCCGAACCUUCCAUUUUACCCGUAGAACCAAACUUUCCUUGUGAAAUGGGUACUUCCGAAAUGCAUCCUGAUCUACUCCAAUUAUUUAACAACCCCAUCGCUGUUGCAGCGUUAGCCAGACGACCAGAUCUUAGUAUCUUAACAACAUACAGUGAUUUACGAUACGCUUCUGAUAAUAAUGGGAAAUUUUUCAAAAUGGAUGUUUUUACAGGUGAGAUUGCUCCAAUAAAUGUGUUUAUCAAAAAAAAGAACCAACUUUAUAAAAGGAAAGCAAAACUUGAAGAUAACCAAGAACCAAUUGAUUUAACAUCUGAUAAAGAUAGUUGCAAUGAAUCUGAAGAGGAUACUUUAGUUACUAGUUCACAAAAUAACACUAUGAUUCCUGCAUCAAAAAAUACUCAAAGUAACAAUGAGGUAUUUAACCAAGGUGUAGAUGGCAUUAAACCUUUAAAAUUAUUUAGAGCUAUGCAUUCAUCUAUUCUAAAACAGAAUGGAACAUUGUUGAACACGAAUAUGAAGGUUUACUCUGGCCCUGUGAUGGUAGGAAAUAAUGUAUUAAAGGUUGUUUAUUUGGGUAGACGGAAGCAAAACUUAAAUCAGGGAAUCAAAGUAGACAUGAACCAUGUCCCAGGUGAUCUAAAGGAUAUUAACCAAGGUGAAGCUCCUAGUAUAAACUUGGAUGGAUCCGGUUCUGAUUCUGAUGACGAACCUCUAGCUAAAAAAGCAAAUCGUAAUCGUGAUAAAGAAAUAAAUUGCACUAUUAACAGUGAAGCGACAAACAAUGUUGAAAGAUCUGAAAUUCUCAUGGAUGCAGAUUUAGAUGACGCGUCAGUGGUGUAUGAAGAAAUUGAAAAUGAAUUUGAAUCUAUUGUAGAGGCUGGAGAAGAUUGUAUUUUAGGAGUAUGAAAACAGGAGUUUUUAAAAUUGAAUACCUUGAAAGUUCACAAAGUAAAAUGCCUUAGUAGUGUGUACUGAACCGUUAAAAUAUAUUUUUUAUGUUCCUCAAAAUAAUAAGAAUUUAAGUACAUAUAUAAAGGUAAAGUUAUCAUCAUAACUGUGAUAUUUAGAAUAUUACAAUAUUUAUAAAUGGUUUAUUUUUGUAGAUUGCCAAUCCAAUACAUCAGGGAGAAACUAUUGUUACAUUUCCUUAUGUCUGAAUGUAUGUGCAGCAUACACCAAACUACAUUAAAGUUAGAAUUUCUUCUGUAAUCAGUAGGAGACUAUGUCAUGCAAAUGAGUUGGUCCUAUAUUAUUAAGUAAUUUAUCAGUUUAUUGGUAAUGAAUAUUAUUACAUUAUAAAAGUAAAUAACUAACUCCAGAACAAAUCUGGUCAGUCUGAAUAAUAUUAGUUGAUAAUAUGAUAACUGCUGUAAAUUAUACCUAUCUAAAUAGGUCUCAAUUUUGCUGUAAAUAUUUGUAUCUACUACCAGUUACCUAUUAAGUGAAAUAGUAGUACUUUUGUUAUUACUUAUUUGUAAAUAAAUGUUUUGUUAAUCA